AUGGAGAGGCGCCCGUCGAAGAGGUCAAGUCCUUCGGAACCGCCUCGGAGCAAGAAACGAGCCAAGUACACCCAGUUGGCCUGUAAUGAAUGCAAGCGUCGGAAAUUAAAAUGUGACGGGAAACCCGUCUGCUCGCGGUGUUCCGCCCAGAACGUCCAAUGCAUCUACACCCCGAGCAGUCACGCCUCGACCAACACCCCUGCAACGCCGCUGGGCGAAGGCCGCGAAGAUGGAUUCUCGAAUAAGUUUAGGACGGUCGACCACCAGAUUGAGGCGCUGCACCGCGAGAUGCGCGUCAUGUCGGCGCGUAUGCGUGAGCUGGAGUCUACAACUGCAGGCACGCCGAGUGCCACUAACAAUACUUCUAUCUCGUCGUCGUCGGUUAGUGCGGGUUUGCAGCGCAUCAUGAACCGGCCGGGUUCGCCGGAUUAUAUCGGUCCAACGAGUGCGGAGUUUGGGAUUACUCAACGGCGGAGGCCAGCUGAUGAGAGUGAGGGCGAGGAAUUGGAGUCGGAGUCAACGACUGCUCCGAGCCCGGCUGCUGUGUCGGAUGUUGAGGCUAUGUCGAAUGAUCCUCUUGGAUGUCUGGGAAAGGAGGAGGCACUGAGGCUGGUGACGGUGUACGAGAACAACGUGGGUUUAAUGUACCCGUGUAUCGACCUUGACAGCGUGCGAAGCUAUGUGAAUGAUUAUUUUAAAGAUGGGCUGACGCCAUCGGUGAUGACGGACCAAGACUGGUUCUUUGCGAGAGAUGCAGAGGUGCUCAAGAUACUGCUGGCGACGGCACUGCUGACGGAGUCUCAUGGACGGAGCGAGCGGGCUGCAUUGCUGGCGGACAGUGUGGAGGAUCGAUUUGCGACGCGCCUCAAGAUCCCGGAAGUGGAUAUGAAGGAAUUGCUUAUACUCACCUUGCUGUCUAUAUUCCAUUCCUACCGUGACGACGAGGUGAUUGCCUGGCGAAUCAUCGGCAUGGCCGUUCGAGGAUCCCUGCAACUGGGACUUCAUAGACAAGAAACUUGGCUCCGAACAGGCGGAGUAUUCCCUGGCGAGCUCCAAUGGACCUUCGCUACCCGGCUAUUCUGGUGUAUAUAUGUCCUUGACCGUAAAUGGUCUUUUGGAACCGGCCUCCCAUUUGCAAUCCAGGACUCAGACAUGGACACAAACCUCCCCGAGCCAGGCGCUGCAACGCCAUACCUAACGUGCAUGAUAAACUACGCCCGACUCAGUACCAAAAUCUGGGGCCUUGUUAUGGGGUGGAGGAGUCGGACCAAGGCUGCAACGUCCGACUACUGUUCUUACCUAGACUUCCAAGUCCAGCAAUGGAUUCAAUCCAUCCCGCGCGAACUACGCUUCGAACCGGACCCUUCGCCAGGUGUAACACAGUCUGAGAACCCAGACCCAGACCCAGACUCAACAGGUGGCAAGACAAUGCUCCAGGUACUCCUAGCGCUGCAAGCAAACCAACUCCGCAUCCUCGUUUACCGCCAGAACCUCCUCAGCAGCGAAAGCAUCGAGUCCAACAUCGCUGGCGCCUCAACAGCGGUCGAAACAGCCAAAUCCACAGUUCACAUGCUAGAUUACUUCUCUCGCGUUUCGGACAUCUACUUCCAACGCCCUGAACCAUUCAACUACUUCCUCAUCUCCGCGCUGGCCGCUCUCUUCCUUGCUGUCCUUCAUGCCCCAGCCCGAUUCAGCCAGGUCUGCAGACCUGAGUUCUAUGCAGCGGUGGAUAUGGUCCGCCGCUCGUCAACGAGAGCACCUACCUCUCGCAGACUGCAGAAGAUCAUCCGGAGCUUGAAACUCAUUCGCUUGAAUCUAGACAGCAGAUCACAGUCGCCGAGCAGGAGACAGCAGAAAAAACAACAGACACCGGGCUCUGUUUCUCACAUUGGCGGGCCAGCUGGACUUGGACUCACCCAUGAGCCAAAUCUUCGACCUAGCACCGCCAAUAUGUCCACGCCCUCCAUUCACCCCUCUCCAUCUUCUAUACCUACGUCCUACCACGGCCGCCAUUUAGGCAAUCAACCAAGGAACACACACUACAGCCCUGGCCUUCUUACACCGCAGCCCUCAACUUCUCUAUGGUCCUCUUCCUCACCACAGACCGCCACCUGGGUCGACGAGAAUAGUUGUGAAGAUUUGACGAGUUUCUUUGAAAUGGCUGGUGGGCUGUACUUUGAUCCAAGGGUGGAUCCAGGCCUUGGGAAUGGAAACGGGAGUGAUUUACCUUCGCAGAGCGGGGUCACUGAUGCCCUUGGAGCAUUCGAGGCUGAGGACGAGGCGUUGACGAGGGUUAUGGCUGGUUUACUGUAG